AUGGAAGGCGAUGUUGUUUUGCUUGGAUUAAUGGACUGGAAUGCCGCAUCGUCGGCGACACAGCUCAUACCAUUACCCACAACAACUGAAGUGUGCUAUGAAUUGUUGACAGGCGGGCCUCCACAAUCUCAUCCUGGUGUAUAUGAUCAAACAAGACCAGCAUAUAUGAAUGGACAUCAUACAAUAGUUAAUAAUGGUUUGUCACCAUCAUCAUCAUCAUCUCAUCAAAUCCAACAACAUCUCAGUGAUACAAAUUUGUAUAUAAAAAAUUUACCACCUGAUUAUUCUGAUCAAGAUCUUGCUAAACUUGUGGAAGGUUGUGGUAAAGUCAAAUCAAUGAAAGCAAUAAUUGAUAAACAAACAAAUAAAUGUAAAGGUUUUGGUUUUAUUGAUUUUGAAUCUAAUGAAGAUGCACAAUUGGCGAUAGCUCAAUUACAAAAAAAAGGCUAUACAGCUCAAUUAGCUAAAUCUUCACAACAACAAGAACAAGAUACAACAAAUUUAUAUUUUGCCAAUUUGGAUCCUCAAAUGACAGAACAAGAUUUACGACAAGCACUUAGUAAUUUUGGUACUGUUGUUAGUGUACGUAUUUUACGUGAUCAACAAAAACAAUCGCGUGGUGUUGGCUUUGCACGUAUGAAUGACAAAGAACAAUGUCAAGCAAUUAUUAAUCGAUUCCAUAAUCAGAGUUUUCCAGAUUUUUCUGAUAAAAACGUACAUGUAAAAUUUGCUGAUGCCAGUAAUAAAAAUAAGAAAAUGUAUAAAACAGGUUAUGAAGAUAUGAAAAGUGGUCAUCCAUUAUAUCCAAUGGAUCAAACAGUUUCUUAUCAAUCACCGGCUGUUGUAUUUCCUCAAUGGUCACCUAUGUCAGCAGCGCAAAUUCUUCCUCAACAAGCUCCAAAUCAACAACAACAACAACCACCAACAAUUGUCUCCGGUCCACCACAACAUGCACAUCAUCCAGCUCAUCAUCAAAUGUACGCGCAAGCACAACUUCGACAGCCAUUAGGCGUAUUUAAUCCAGCUAUUCCGUCCUAUAUGCACUUACAACAUGGACCAGGACAUGAAAAUGGUGCAACAUUUGUAUUACCGAUGCAACAAUUACAACAAUUACAAAUAGCUAAUGGUCAUCCAGGAGCAUUUUGCUUAGUUAAUCCACAUCAACAUCAACAUCAACAUCAGCAUCAGCAUCAGCAUCAACAUCCUCAUGGAGCAACACUUUAUAUGUCAGCACCACAACCAACAGCUGCUGCUCUACCUCAACCACAACAGCAAUCGGCACCACCAACACAAAAUGAUCCAUCACAAGAUCUGUCAUAG